AUGCCUUCAUACUCCAAGUUCCUCAAGGAUAUUCUCACCAAAAAGAGGAAGCUCAAUGAUGAGCUCAUCACUCUUCCUCAUCAAGUGAGUGCACUUGUUCAACAUAAGAUGCCCAAGAAGCAAAAGGAUCCGGGAAGUUUCACUUUGCCGGUAAAGAUUGAGAAUAUGGAAGCUAGGGGAGCCUUAGCCGAUCUUGGAGCAAGUGUUAGUUUGAUUCCUAUAUCCAUUGCUCAAAAGCUUAACAUUGAAAUGAUCCCUACAAGGAAGACUAUCCAAUUGGCCGACCGUGCGGUGAAAUUACCUUGUGGUGAGCUUGAAGAUGUUCCUAUUCAAGUUGGGCAUAUUUAUGUGCCUUGUGAUGUUUUAGUGAUGGAUAUGGAAGAAGAUGUUGAUACUCCUUUGAUUUUGGGUCGUGAAGCUCUUAAGACUUUGGGGGCGGUGAUCAAUUGUAAGAACAACACCAUUACAUAUGAGGUUGCCGAUGAAAAGAUUGUGUUUGAGUUCUCUAAGUUGCUCAAGACCCCCAUGGAUGAAAUACAUAGACUUAAAGAGGUUACUAUUGCGCUCAGAUUGUAUGAGAGGCUAGUUAAGGAAGGAGUAAUUGUUUCACCUUCAUGCCAAGAUGAUGACUAUGGAGAUAUGAUGAUAUGUAGAUGA